UGGGCUGGGGGGGAGGGAAGGCAGCACGCAGGAGCUGCAGUCUGCUUUCUCCGCCGCCUCCUUUUUCCGUGCGCCCGGGCUGGUGCUAGGAGGAGCUCGAACAGAGCAGAGAGACUACCAACCUUUUGGCAGCAAAUGGCUUUUCCACAGGAGACAACGCACAGGACUCAGGAGUUCACCCUUCUGCCUGUUACUCUGGCUUUGCAGCCCCCUCUCCUCGGCCUGGCUGGAGCUACGCAGAGCUGGUGGCAGCGUGUCCGUAGCCAGAUCCUUCUCAUGGGCGCUCCGUAGCUCUGCAGCCGAGGGAAAGGAAGGCGUCUGAAGCAGAGCUUCCUUUGCUAGGCAGCAGCCGGAAGAGUUUGGGAAACCAUUUUAGGGAGACUUUCUGAAGAGUCUUUUGUGUGUGACAGGUCCUAACUGGAACAGAUCGGACAGAGCUGUUUCCUUCUCCCUCAGAACCCCCUGUGGAUUAUUAAAGAAACUUCACGUGGGGGAGUUGGCUAGAUUUCUGCCUACUGCGCUGGAGGUUUUAGUGCUCCGUUUGCGUGAUUCUCUCGCAUGAAAGUAGCCCCCCUCUGGUAUCGUUCCAGGUCUGUCUGUCCUCAAGCCUCAUGUUACCAGGAGGGGCCUCUGUUAUGAGUUUUUUGUUUCUAUGGGGAAACGUAAUGAGCUGUUUCACUCCUCAUGACGGGGAAAUCUGCCUUGAGCUUUCUGUAUUCGUGGAAGGGGGGAGUCCUGUUUACAUCAUGUUUGCCAGGAAGUAAAACCAGCAAGAGAAAAGAAAUGAGCCGUCAGACUGCUACAGCACUACCUACAGGUACUUCAAAGUGUACACCAUCACAGAGGGUGCCUGCUCUGACUGGCACUACAGCUUCCAACAAUGACUUGGCAAGUCUUUUUGAGUGUCCUGUGUGUUUUGACUAUGUGCUGCCACCUAUUCUUCAGUGUCAGAGUGGCCAUCUUGUUUGUAGCAACUGUCGCCCCAAGCUUACAUGCUGUCCAACUUGCCGAGGCCCACUGGGUUCCAUUCGUAACUUGGCUAUGGAAAAAGUUGCCAAUUCUGUACUGUUCCCAUGUAAAUACGCCUCUUCUGGAUGUGAGAUAACUUUGCCACACACAGAAAAAGCAGACCAUGAAGAGCUGUGUGAGUUUAGGCCUUAUUCAUGUCCAUGUCCUGGUGCUUCAUGUAAAUGGCAAGGUUCGCUGGAUGCUGUUAUGCCACAUUUGAUGCAUCAGCAUAAGUCAAUAACAACACUACAGGGAGAAGAUAUAGUUUUCCUUGCUACAGACAUUAAUCUUCCUGGUGCUGUUGACUGGGUUAUGAUGCAAUCUUGUUUUGGCUUUCAUUUCAUGUUAGUCUUGGAGAAACAGGAAAAAUAUGAUGGUCACCAGCAGUUCUUUGCUAUUGUACAGCUGAUAGGAACACGCAAGCAAGCAGAAAAUUUUGCUUAUCGACUUGAGCUUAAUGGUCAUAGGCGGCGAUUGACUUGGGAAGCAACUCCUCGAUCUAUUCAUGAGGGAAUUGCAACAGCCAUUAUGAAUAGUGACUGUCUAGUCUUUGACACCAGCAUUGCACAGCUCUUUGCAGAAAAUGGCAAUUUAGGCAUCAAUGUAACUAUUUCAAUGUGUUGAAAUGGCAAGCAAACAUUUUCAGGCCAGUGUUUAAAACAGUUGCAUUUAAUUUCGCAGAAACUAGGGUAACCAUCUUUGACUGCCAGACACAAACUAUUUGGUAGAGGGAGGCUAGAUGUAUAUGAAGGUAAAUAAAAGGAAAGGCUGUUAAAUUACAGGAAGCAGUUGCAUGUAGUAACACUAAUAUAUUUAAAAUAAGUCAACAGUAAACCACUGAAAAUAUAUAUACACCCAAAAUGGGCAUCUUUUGUAUUAAGAAUUGAUUCUACAGGAAACGUUGUAAAAUAGUUCUAAAAACUUGUUUGUAGAUUGAUUGUACUGUUGAAAAGGAUACUGUUGUGUUUUUUGUUUGUUUGUUUUUUUUUCCUUUGACUGACAAGCCAUGUUGAGCAGUCCGGUCUCUUGCCGCUGCUUUUCCCCCUUAAGUCACUACAUAGUAUUGCUGCUGUUUGUGUAUAUUUUUGUGUAUUUGCUAAUUUUUAUUAACUUCUAGUUUUUCAUUAAAUAAAUGACUUUCUUUUCUGUAA